GUCAGUUUGUGUCUUUGGUCCUUGUCUUGUUUACAAAAAUCAAAACUUGUUUUAUAAUUCGUAUUUGAUUUAGUUUAAGUUUCAAUUUAGUUUAUGUUAAAUACUUAUUAUGGCAGAGAAUUUAGAAUAUUACCGGUCACAAAUAGUUGCAGCUAGAACUGAAAUAAAAAACUUAAGGCAACGGCUGAUUGCGUUGAAACAUGAACAUAUUACAGAAAUGAAGAAUAUUAAAGAAACUCUAAAUGGACUUCGUUGUACUAAUUGUGCUGCAUCAGCUACAACAAUAGUCAAUAAUCACAGUGAAGGCCAACCAUCAUCGGAGCAAACCGAUACUAUUACAUUCACUCCUAUUGGCUACAUUGAGACACCGUUCGAAAAUAAACGUGGUGUACCAAGACAGCCUUCAGUGUUGUCUACUGCAAAAGGUGUGAUUAACAUUGAUACAAAUGUUUUCACCAAUCCGGAGCAUGCUAUUAGUGGGUUAGAGGAAUUUUCUCAUAUUUGGGUAAUAUUCCAUUUCCACGAGACAGGAAGUACCAGUGUCCCGGCUAAGGUGGCGCCGCCCCGACUGGGCGGAGAGAGACGCGGCGUGCUGUCCACCAGGUCCCCACAUCGGCCCUGCCCUAUUGGCUUGUCUCUCGUUAAAAUAUCCAACAUUGAAGGCAAUAAGAUAUACUUUGAAGGUAUUGACAUGGUGAAGGGGACGCCGGUGCUGGACAUCAAGCCGUACAUACCGCAGUACGACUGUCCUGGUCACCAGCAGCCCCGCCCCCCCGCCACCGAGGGCGACACUCGCACACUGCCUGUGGACAACUUUCAACGUAUGAGUUUAAAUCCACAUAUAGAUGCAAAUACUGAACCUUCUCCAAACAAUGAUGAAUUAUCACCGGACACCAAUAUACCAAUCAUGUCACCAUCUCCCGAUUCAUGUGACAUGUUAGAUGGAAACUUCCAGGAGUCACCACUAAGAAGACCAGAUGAAAGAGGUGCUCCGGACGGUCAAGAAAGAUUUACUCCACCACAAUAUGGAGUCAGAGUUGCCUCUUGGAUUUCAAACCCUCCGUCACAGUGUUAUGAAGUCAAAUUUACUGAUGAUGCACUAGACAGACUUAAUGAUUUGAUAGGAGACCGAGCUCAGUCUUUUAAACGUAAUAUAGAAUGUCUUUUAUCAGAAGACCCCAGGUCAGUCUAUGUGAGGAGCAGAUACCCGGACCAUGAAUAUAGUUGUGUGUUAGAAGAUUUAUCAAUAAGUUGUAUAUUUGAUUCGUCGUCUACUACAUGUACGAUAAUAGCGGUGAGAAAUGCCGAUGAAUUGCAACAGACUUAAUUGUGUGUCUGAUUAUUUAUUGAUUUUGUCAAGUGUGAUUAAAUAUUUUUAAUUUUUG